AUGGAAAUGUGGUCAGUUGAUCAAGUCUGCACCUGGUUGGUACAGAGAAACCUAAGGGAACUAGUUCCUAAAUUUUGUGAGGAAGAAGUGAGUGGAGUGGCGCUCUUGGCUUUUAAUGACAGGAUGGUCCAGCAGCAGGUGGAGAAGAUGGGGCACCAGGCAGAGCUAAUGGAUCUGAUUACGAAAUGCGAACAGCAGACCAAAGGAUCAACAUUUACUUAUGAUGAUGAUGUUGCCAGUGCAUUGCUGCAGGCUUACCCGUUUCUUGAUGAAGAUGUGUGUGGCUUUUUUCUAUGGAAAUGAAUCCUUAAAGACCAUUUCAAGAAUGUGAGGAAACCAAUAGAAGAUGAUGAGCAGGUAGUGAGAAAAAAAUGCAAGUUUGGACACAGGAAAAGACAGACCAAGAAAUCUACUGAUGAGCAAGACUUUAGAAAUAAGAUGAUAAAUAAUAGGAUGCCUUUGAAAGACAUUCUGAGACUGUUCCCCUUUUUAAGAUGUCCUCAUCAGCUUUAUAGAGAGUUUUAGUCUCUAGCGCAGAAGGAUAUUUAUAAGAAAACUGCAGGGAUUUUGGAGCCAUAUCCGACUUCAGACUUGGUGAAGAAUAAUCCAAUCAAUGUUAUUCUGCAAAAAAGUCUGAAACAAUAUAUGGAAGAUGACAUUCUGAAAUUUAUGAAGAUGACCACCACAUGUUUACUUUUGCCAGUUGUUUUUGGAGAGGAUUUCCUUUUGUUUGCUGCUAUAAAUGAGGAGGAGAAACUGGCCCAACUGGAUGACUGUAGAAUGGCCCUGGCUGCUCUGCUGGCCACAUAUCAUGUCUUUUGCAUUCCAUUCCUUGAAAUGCUGUACAAUUCACUCACCUUCUGGGAAUCCCUCAUCUUUGAAGUGAAAUAG